ACAUCUAUACAUAUAUAAGCCAAGAGCUUUGUCAAAUGGGUUUCUUUAGUACUGUAUUGGGUUUCUUUGGUUUUGGAUUUGGAACUUUCAUUGGACUCCUGAUUGGUUACUACCUGUUUAUCUACUACCAGUCCACUGAUGUCAAGGAUCCACAAAUUCGACCUUUAGUUGAGCAUGACUCAAAAUCAUUGCAACAGCUGCUGACAGAAAUACCCCAGUGGGUAAAAAAUCCAGAUUAUGAUCGUGUUGACUGGCUUAACAAAUUUAUUGAGAAUAUGUGGCCUUAUCUUGACAAGGCAAUUUGCAAAACUGUAAGGGAGAUAGCAAAGCCUAUUAUUGCCGAGCAGAUACCAAAGUACAAAAUUGACUCUGUUGAAUUUGAAACACUUACCUUGGGUUCACUACCACCAAGUUUUCAAGGAAUGAAAGUAUAUGUGACAGAUGAAAAGGAGCUGAUUAUGGAACCAAUAAUGAAGUGGGCUGGCAAUCCUAAUGUCAUUAUUGUAGCAAAAGCUUUUGGGUUGAAAGCCACUGUUCAGGUGGUUGAUUUACAAGUGUUUGCAGCUCCACGCAUCACCCUGAAGCCAUUGGUUCCUACCUUUCCUUGCUUUGCAACUAUAUAUGUGUCUCUAAUGGAGAAGCCGCAUGUUGACUUUGGGCUAAAACUGUUUGGAGCAGAUGCUAUGUCCAUUCCUGGCCUAUACUCCUUUGUUCAGGAGCUUAUUAAAGAUCAAGUUGCAAAUAUGUAUCUCUGGCCUAAAGCCCUAGAAGUACAAAUAAUGGACCCGGCUAAAGCCAUGCGAAAACCAGUUGGAAUUCUGUGUGUCAAGAUUCUGAGGGCUACGAAACUUAAAAAGAAAGAUCUUAUUGGUUCAUCAGACCCUUAUGUGAAAUUGAAGCUCUCGGAGGAAAAGCUUUCUUCAAAGAAAACGACUGUAAAACAUCGAAACUUGAAUCCUGAAUGGAAUGAAGAAUUUAAUCUGGUUGUUAAAGAUCCAGAGUCUCAAGCCUUGGAGCUUCAACUCUAUGAUUGGGAAAAGGUGGGCAACCAUGAGAAGAUGGGAAUGAAUAUCAUUCCUCUGAAAAACCUUGCACCUGAUGAGACAAAAGUUAUGACUGUUGAUCUGCUAAAGAAUAUGGACCCAAAUGAUACACGAAAUGAAAAGUCUCGUGGACAACUUCAUGUGGAAUUGUUGUACAAACCUUUCAAGGAUGAUGAAAUGCCAAAGGAUGAGGAUCCAACUUCGGUGGAAAAAGCUCCUGAAGGAACACCUGCCGGCGGUGGUUUGCUUGUCAUAAUUAUACAUGAAGCUCAAGAUGUUGAAGGGAAAUACCACACAAAUCCCUCCGUCCGCAUACUUUACAGAGGAGAGGAGAAAAAAACCAAGCGUAUAAAGAAAAACAGAGACCCAAGGUGGGAAGAAGAGUUUCAAUUCAUGUUGGAGGAACCACCCACAAACGAUAAACUUCAAGUAGAAGUAUUCAGUACCUCCUCAAGGAUGGGACUGCUCCAUCCCAAGGAAAAUCUGGGUUAUGUUGUUAUAAACCUUUCUGACGUUGUAAGCAACAAAAGAAUCAACGAGAAGUACCAUCUCAUUGAUUCGAGGAAUGGGCGAAUUCAAAUUGAGCUGCAGUGGCGAACUUCAUCCUAAGGAGUUUUCAAGUUAAUUUUCGUUAGCCGCUUGAAAGGGACUCCUAUUCAUGUGCUAAAAAAUUUGACCUUGUAAUUGACUUGAAAAUAAUCUAAGGUUGCUGGCAUCUCGUCUGCCUUGGUUAACGUUUAGUUUUGGAUCAGUAAUGUCAAAAACUGCGUGGAUAUUUCAACCAAACCCGGACUUGGAC